GCCAUUGCGACGUGAUUGCUGUCCCCAAGUAUUUCGGUGUUUUUGUGACUGAGGAUUGAUCCAGUAUCACCCGAUUCUCCCGCAAUCAUCAUCACCGAGUAAACAGCCAAUAGUAAUUCCAUACAUCCGAAGAAUCAAGUAACUACCAACGGAGGCGAGGCUGCGUGAAGAACUAGUGCCAACACUUUCAUCUAAAAUCGACAUCAUGAAGAGAGAGGCAGAGGCCGGCCCCAUGGCAGGCGGCGGAGGCCCAACAAAUCCUCAUAAACGUUAUCGUCAAGGCGACGACGAACUACGGCUUCUCAUACCCAGCAAGGUCGCUGGGUCAAUAAUUGGAAAAGGCGGUCAAAACAUCACGAAACUACGCAGUCAGUACAAAGCCUCAAUCAUUGUACCCGAUUGCCCCGGACCCGAACGGGUCCUGACUAUCAGCUCAGAUUUGGACACUGUGCUGCAGGUGGUUAACAAGGUCGUACCCAAUCUUGAAGAGAAUGGAUCCAAGCAUGGAAAUGAUGAAAUUGAUGUGCGCAUGCUGGUGCAUCAGAGUCAGGCUGGAUGUGUCAUUGGAAAAGGAGGACUCAAAAUAAAAGAACUUCGUGACAAAACUGGAGCGAGGAUCAAGAUAUACUCCAACUGUUGUCCUCACAGCAGUGAUCGAGUCAUUAGCAUCUGUGGAAAACCAUCUACGUGCAUGGAAUGCAUACGGGAACUCGUUGCUACUAUUAAAACAUCUCCAUUGAAGGGUGUGAACAACCCUUACGAUCCCCACAACUACGAUGACUUCUACGCUGAGGAGUACGGUGGCUAUGGAUCUGGUGAGGGCCAGGGAAAACCCGGGUCAUUUGGACCUGGAGGACGUGGAAAUGGUGGAGGUGGUGGUGGUGGUGGUGGUGGCGGUGGCCAGGGUAUGCCACCUAGGCGUGAUGUACGCGGUGGUGGGCCACCAGACAUGAAUCGAGGAUUUCCACCACCACCCAGGGGUGGACCACGUGGUGGUGGCGGAAUGUCAGGACCACCAGAUCGUGGAUAUGGAAAUUCCAGGGCUGGAGGCGGAAGUAGUGGUUACGAGGGAGGAAAUCGUGGUGGGUUCACUGGAAGUAGAGGGGGACCACCGCCUUUCGGUGGUGGAAAUUAUAAUGACAAUGGAUGGGGUAUGCAGGGAAGUGCACCCAAUGGUAUCAGUGGUGGAAAUUCGGGAAUGGGCGGACCACCCAUGGGGGGAAACAGCCAGAGCAGCCCAGGAAUGGGAGGAAAUAAAACCAGUACUCAAGUUACUAUUCCUAAAGAGCUGGCAGGAGCCAUAAUCGGAAAAGGUGGUGCGAGAAUCCGAAAAAUAAGAUCUGACAGUGGUGCUGGUAUAGUAAUAGACGAGCCACUACUGGGCAGUAACGAUCGCAUUAUCACAAUAACCGGUCUACCAAAUCAGAUACAGAUGGCCCAGUACCUGUUGCAACAGAGGUAAUUAUCCAAAUUGUGCACGAUAACGCAGAUCACUAUUAAAACUGCAGAGAUGAAUUAAAGGGGGAGCCAAAGACGUGUUUAUAACGAUUUUCUUAUUCUUUUUUUUUUUUUGUUAAGCAACAAAAUAUAAACAAACAUUUGCCCGUCACGAGGAAGCAAACAAUGACGAGAUUUCGUACCUGGACAUGUGCGAUGGUUUUACAUGGAAAAGGAAAAAAUUGAUUUGAGAAAAUAACGAGACAUGUCACAGGCUGGGGUGGACGAGCCUCGAUGUGAGAAAUAUUUUUUCAGAAUUAUUCAGCAGACCCAAAAAAAAACGAUUCAAUGUAGUGAAUUAAUGUGAAAAAUAAUGAGAACAACAUUAACGCCUUAGACUUAUGAAUUCGAUGGUUAUUGCCAAUGGGUUGAGUCUAUUUAAGAAAUGAUUAUUAAUCAACAAGUGGUUUUCAAGAACUCUCGAUGCUUGAAUUGUAGACAGCCUUUUUGUUCAUUUUUUUUUUCUUAUUUCUUACGAAAAGUUUUCCUAUGAGCAUUUUUUCGGAUGUAUUUAUCAGCUUCAAUGUAAAUAGGUAAUAAGCUUACUUUUGAAAAUCAGAGCAUGCCCUUUUAAUUUUAUUUUAGAAUAAAACCCCAUCCUCCCACGUUUCACGAUUAUUAUCGUAAAACUUUUUCCUCGGUAAUUAAAUCGAAGUGAUUAUUCAAGUUGUUAUUAUCACGUAACAGUCAACUAAAAUGAAAAUUCAAAUCAAACACAACUGAUGAGUGAAAAUAUGAUAUAUCAUGGCCUAUAUCUUUUCGAUAAUUGUGUACAAUAAUAGUUAAAACGAAUAAGACAACCACUCAAUCGAUGAUUAGUCACGGAAAUCCGCAUUGACGAGGAUAAAUGAAUACAGAGGUGUCAAUACCAUUCCCAAAUUUUCCCCUCAUUUCCAAGUAUUUCCAUUAUCGAAAUGUGGGAUUGACUACAAUGUAAA